UCAGGGUUUAAGAGCCGUCGUGUUCCGUCGGAUCGACACCGUUGCCACCUCAAGUUCGCCGAUCGAGAGUCAAGAUGCCUUCGCACAAGACGUUCAUGAUCAAGAAGAAGCUUGCGAAGAAGAUGAGACAGAACAGACCAAUCCCUAAUUGGAUCCGUCUCCGCACCGAUAACAAGAUCAGGUACAAUGCUAAGCGUAGGCAUUGGCGCCGUACAAAGCUAGGGUUCUAGAUCAUCCGAGUUCGAUGCCAUGACACCGAUUCGUUCGAGUUUCCUUAGCUAAUUUUACCUUAUUUUCCGAAGAGUGGUUUUAGACCUAAAAGUUUUAGUUUUUCUUUUCCGAAUGGGUUUUGACGUUUUGUUGUCACGAAUAUGCGUUUUGAAAGUUCAAUCCUUUCUCUUACAGUCUGUUAUUGAAUUGACUCGGCUUCUA